AUGUCCAGUGGAGGGGCUAAAAACUCUUCUACACGCCUUUUACCUCCGAUAAAGAACCCCCUUUUCAACCCGCACGAAGAUUCUGAGGAAGUUCGUGUUACGUCUGUGGUGGGUAUUUUCGUGUUAAUUUCUUGACCUAUUCCCUUCUGGUAAUGUUCUCACGAAACAUUGUAUAUGUGUAUUAUAGAAUAGCCAUGUGGAGCGAACUCGUCCUGGGCGGAGAUUGGGUGGCUUAUCAAAUCUUUUUAGCUCGCGGAAUCGACAUAGGUUUUCUCCAAGUUCUGAUGGCCGCGAAGAACAUGUACAAGAACAAGCCGGCGAAGGUGUCAGCGGAAGUUCUAUGAAAUCGACUGUCUUAGCCAAAGGAAAAGCUUCUAAAACAUCGAAUUUAGAAAACAGAGGAAUUGCAGUAACGCCCGAGUUAUCACAUCAAGAUACGGGGUCAGAGACACAGAAAACAGUGAACAACCGCGGGGUACCAAGUUCACAGAACCGUUUCUCCCGUAACCUCAGCAACAACACAACGGAAGCGAAUGUUAUUAGCGAUUCAAAUAAUAGGGAAGAGGAUUCUCCUUUGAGCAACGAGAGUAAGGGAGGAAUUAAAGGUCGAGUCAGCGAGGAGAAAAACUCUUCUGGGCUUUUGCGAAGAGGCAAAGAGAAACGAUCGCUGGUAAAACAAGAUUCGGAAGAUAGCUCUAGAUUGACUCAAAAUGAAAGGCUGGGUUCAAACUCUGCUUCGGACAGCGAGGUGAUAGUCCGAGGAAGUCAUUCAAGAAGAGAAGACAAAAAGAAGCCGGAGAGGAAAUAUCAUAAUGCUAUGUCCCUGAGGUAAAUUAUGAUGUCAUGGUAAGAACUCAGACACUUAAUUAUAGCGCCCUUUUGUCUCUUGUGUUCACACUGUGUCAAAUUCCUUAAUUGGGCAGCUGAAAUUCUUCGCACCCAUGAUCAGGUUACCUUAGAAAAAUUGAAAUACAUGAAAUAAUCUCUAGUUGGAAGCAAGCUGGUGGUAAAAUUAUACCUGUUUAUCACUUAAUUACAAAAUUGGAAAGAACAGUCAAUGAACAGAAAGCAGAGAAGCUGUUUGGACUUUGUUUUGUUUUUCAAAUGACAUUGUUUCGAAUCGCUUUUUCUAUAAUAUCUAUUUUGCAGUAGUUAAUUACCAUCAUAUUUGAUGAAUAUGUAGGAGGCAUGCACACUCUAAUGAACUUGUCAUAAACUUCCUUUGCUGAAAAUGUUUUCAUAGAAACCAUCAAAUCUGCUGCUACUUUCCUGGGUGGGGGUCUACUUGGGUUAAUUUUAGCUGGGCAUGUGCCGCUUGCCUCUCAGAACCCCUAGUUCAUCAUAGUCUAUUGUGUGGCUUAUUAAUAUGGACCCCAUCAUAGUCACUGACGUACACUGUAGUCACUUUUACUGCAUCUACGUGGACAUCUAACAUGUAAAGUUUAAAGCCUUUCAAGUUAGUCAUUCUGAAAUGACAUAUUUGCUAAAUUCUUCCCAUUUAAAUCCCUACCUACCUGAAUUUUCUGACCCCAAAAAUCCUGAAAAUGUCUGACCCCAUUCUUAAUUUCUAUUAAAUGUGAUGAUCCAUCCAGUGGCUCAUUCCCAAUUAGCCUGUUAAUGGGAAGUACCCAUCCUCACUUUGGGCUAAUUUUUCUGAUAGUCAUAACUAUAUCCCCACCCCAACAACUAAUGGUUGCCAUGGUAAAGUCUGUACUGUCAGCUCUGUGAGAUGAAAUGGAAUGGUGACAGUUGGCGCAAAAGUAAAGUAAAGAUGUAACAGAGAUGAACACAGGCAUGAGAAACUGACAAUGGGCUUCCUCCUCAGCAUGUGAAACAAAGGGUUAACAAAAUAUAGCCUUCCCUCCCCUCCCCACAAGUUAUUGUAUUGUAUCAAAGUUUGGUUGUUGAUUUAUCCAGCUGUCCAAAACAAGAUGCUCUAACAUGCUAGGGACCAAUCCUUGCCUAAAUCAAGCUAUAAUUGUAAUUUGAGGCCUAUUAUUAUGAUUAACAUGUAGCAAGCACUCAUUCGGGACUUAAAAGCAGCUGCGUCUAGGAUGAAAACAACGACAAAAUUAUUGUGACGUAUGCUUUCCUUAAUUAAAGACUGGGGUGAGAUGAGAUUGUUUUUGGCCCGAAAAUACAACUUUAACUGUGGGUUUAUAACCUAGAAUGAAGAUGAACUUUCUAGGAUGGCAUCAGCUAAAGAACAAAUUAAUGAAAAGAGAGUUUAAAAAUUUUCUUCCAUUGAGAACAAAAUCUUUCCUGUGUUUUGCCUGAGUUUUCCACAAAGUCCUGAGGAUGAAGAUGAGUGCCGAGAUAUGUGCAAUAAUGCAUAUACUCGUCAAUUCACUUCCAGUUGUUUUCAUUUUUUUUCUAUAUGUAAGUGCCAGUAGGUCAGUGUUAAUUAUAAUAAUUAUUAAACUGUCUCCUGAAAUUUCAGAAGUGACUGGAGGGAAGCCACAGCAUCGGGAGAUUAUCAGAGUCUUCUUGAAUUUUUAACAAGAACAUUUGAUUCAUUUUCUGAAGUGGUCUCAGUAUUUAAGGUAUCGUCAAUUAAGGAGGAUGUAAUGACAUUGUACAUAAUGUAGUUUGUUGCAGUUCUCAAGAUGAGAAUGCUGUUUUACUAGCCUGCAGAUUAAAGAGUAUCAUUUUUAAAUAAUAAAUUAUCACCACAGCUUGCCUUAAAUAAAAGUUUAAAAUUUUUAUGUGUGAAAAAACGUGUUCAUUAAUAUUUCAUAGAAACCUUUUUUGUAAUUUGGUUGCGUUAGUAAGAGUCUAAAAAGAAUAGAAGAGUUUUGUAUUUUUCCCUUACAAAUAAUGAUUUACUUUUAUUUCCUCAGAGGAAAGAUGACUAUGACCCAGAGGAGUUUAGUGAGAGUGGUAUUGAUUAUGAUUUUGUGCGGAUAACCUAUGAAAUUGUGCUUUCCUUGGUAAUUAUUAAAACUUGCUAAUUGAUUUUUUAAUAAUUCAUCUAGUACAUUAUAGAGGAUGUUGAAGUAAAGUUGUGAUAAUUAUAGCCUCUGAGUGUGUUGCAGACAGUCUGAAUUCCUGAUAAAAACGGUCUUUGCAAUGGCUUCCAAACACCACUUGUUCUGCAGGUAUUCCUUAGGUUUUCAGGGAUAUCUGUAUAUCCAUUUCUGAUUGGCUUAAGUAAAUUUCUAAUGCUCCCUGUGAUUGGACAUUUCCUUUCAGAGUGUUUUGGAAAUAUAAGAAAAAGUCCCUUGUAAGUGCCAAGGUUGUGAUUAGGUUGCUCUGAAAAUCUCCUGGUUGCUGCUGAGGAGAUUUCUGUCUUCCUUGGCUUCCUGUACACACCUGUCGUUUUUAUUUUCUCAUCUUUCAACUGGCAUAGAUUUUCAAGUCAUUAUGUGUAUAUGCAGUGUCCUGACCACAAUUUUUUUUAAAGGGUUUGUUAACUAAUUCUGGUUCUUGCUUUAGCCCCAAGAUGUGCAAAAGAAUGUCCUGAAAUCUGUGAUUAACAGCCUCUUACAAGACAUCAAACGGUAAUAAAAUUAAUUAUAAAAUAGGUUGUUUCCUGCCUGUUUUUCUUCUUGUAUGCUAUAUAUAAAUGUGGUGGUUCCAAGAAAUAUCAAUACCAAUCCCCCCCUGAUCAUUUGUAGUCGUUCUGUCUUUGUAAAAUUGAUUUUCCUCAAGGGUAGGGGUUUGAUGUGGACCAAACCCCUCCAUGAGGGAAGAAUGGAUAUAGCUUUGUAGGUGACUUAUGUGGCUGAGCGGUUGACACCUCAAACUCCAGAUCUGGAUGUCUGGGGUUCAAGCCUAACCCAUUGUGUUGUUUCCUAGACAAGGAACUUUGCUCCACUUUGUCUUUCUUCACCAAGAUGUAUGAAUGGCAUGUGUACUGGUGACAUACUGCUGGGGGGUAACCUUACGACAGACAAGCAUCCCUUCCAGGGGGAGUAGCAAUAUUCCUAGGCAUGCUUCAUUCUAAGGAAACCGGGAUAAGCUCCUGGCUGUUUGGGCCUUUGGCUCGUGUGCGCCUUCACCUCUUUUAUAUAACUUGCUUAUUUUUCUUUCACACAGUAGAAGAACUAAAAAUGAUCUCAGAGCCUACAUCAUCUUGUUACAGGUAUUACACAUAAGUUAUACUUGUAUUAUUUGUAUUUUCCACUUUUCGUUUUACUUAUACAUGUACAUGUACCUUCAAUAGAUUUUGCAUUAAUAAUGUGCCAGUCAGCUAGAGCCUGUAAGAAUUUUAGGCUGUUUUCAACAAAUUGAGCAGUGGAUCAGUACUGUAUGUCUUACAUCGUUUCCUGGCUCUUUGACCUUUUGGCUCCUUUGUACUAGAUCUGUUAAGCCCCAUUUCAUUUAACAUGUCAUCAUAUUUGUUAUUGUAGUUAUAAUUGUACUUUCUUAAAAUUGGGCUGUCAAUGUUAGUAUUCAACUGUCCAAAACAGGGUGCACAUGCUCUCACAUAAUUAUGCAGGGUGCUCAUUAGGCAUCAGAGAUUGGAGAAUUCUCCGUUUACUAGAAACAGAAUUCUCCAGCUGAUGUGCGAUGUGAUGAUUGUUUUUCAUUGAGACAUUUCAUAAUGUAGCAUUACAACUUUCUUCUGCUAUACUAGAAUUCUUAAUGAUGGCAUGUGUAUCAUGAAAACCCUGCAUAUGGGAUCAACCUUUGCCUGAAUCACUUAAAACUGGAUGGUUUUCAAUAUGUUGGUGUUGUUGUUGUUUCCUUAGAAAAGUUAUUUGAAAAAUGAUACAAUGUACAUUUAUUCAAAAUGUAGUUAACAUAAAUUGUAACCCAUUCUUUUGUCAACUUUACAGAAUCCUCAAUUUAACAAAUCAGCUACCUACGUCAUCUUUGCUCACCUUCUUCGACAAGUGUCAUCUCUCGCCGAUGGAGAGCAUCAGUUUCUUGUUCACUGGUUUAGAAGGUUACUUAAUCUAUUUACUUGUUUUAGAACAUUAAUUACUCCAUUUAAAAGCUGUGCUUUCUUGGUCUGUAUUGUUACAGUGUUGUAUACAAAUCCUUGCUACAUACAUGAUUGUACACUGUGCAUGCUGCAGCUUGUACUUUUUUCUUUUUCUUCUUGAUUUUUUGAUGAUGUUAGUGGCAACAUUGUUAAGUGAAAGAGGGGAUUUCAUAACAGGUACACCUUUAAGGCAAAGAAAAUUGUUUUUUUAAGGUGGCAACUUUUUAACUUAUUACAAAUAUUUUUAAUUAGUGUUAGAAUUAAAGAAAAGGAAACAGUGGAAGCUGUGGAAGUUGGAUAUUAACUUUCAGAGUUUACUCAAACACAGAUAUAACACUCUAUUGUUAUUUAAAUAGCUUUUGCAGGUGCAUAAAUUUUUGUCCUCAGUUUAAAUUUUAUUUCCUUUGUUUUCAACUCAUGAUCAUACAUAACCAUACCCCAAAAUAAGGGGAAAUAAGAUUUAAACCAAGAAUAAAAUUGAACAAUAACAAAUGUUGUCAAGGCCACUUGUAUGGGUUACGUUACUUAAGGAUAAUGAGCAUAAAAAUGUUGCAUGUGUGCGAACUGAGUUUUAUCUACCUUACAUUGUACACAAUGUAUUCAUGUAGUCAGGCUAAUUAGCAGGUGGCUACAUAAACAAGUUUUUCCUAUGAAUAUGUUUUGUAGCAAUGAAGUGUCAGUCGAUCUCAAUUGCAUUAAAAAGCUUUUUGAUCUUUUGUUCAUAGAAUUCCUGUCAAUACCUUUAAAGGACUUAUUACAAGAGUACAACAGGUUUGCUUAUCCAAACGUUUUUGUUUUAUUAUAGAAAUCAAAUUAUUAAGAGAAGUCAUAUUGAUACACCAAAUUAAAAUAUGUAAAAAAUUAUCUCAUGGAUUUGACUUUGGAGCACUAUACAGUUUUGCAUUUCCUUCUGUGCUUAAAAGUGAGAUAUUUAGGUAAUUCACAAGGUGGGUUUUAUGAAGCUUGCAGAUAGAUAAACCAUGCUCAUUGUUAAUUGGUACUGUCCUCUAAACGACCUUAUUGUUUUGCUUCAUUUGUAAUUUUUUAUUGGACAGAUUUUGUGCAUUUUAUUGAGAUGCAUUUUCGUUGACAUGUAAACAUUAUAAAAUAAUUCACAAGUUAUGUUAUUAAAAGUAAUGUCAGCUUUGACCUUGUAAGUUUUUUUACUCAAAUCAUGUCUUGAGGGUAACCUGUACAUGCAGUGGUGAUAUUGAGUUGAUGUUGAAGUAAUGGCUUUGAAAUUAAUUUUAAAAAGAUUUUUACAAACUGUUAAGAGUUAAAAGCUGGUCUUUGAGUCAAAAUAAUAAUAAAAGUUAACACCAUAUAUAACAGGUUAAAAUGAUUGGAUCCAGUAUAAGCUUUUGCUUAUUAGUACAGUUAACUGUUUAUUUACUAUGAUGUGAAUAAAUUUUUCCUGUACUGAGAAAUUUUAUAUUGUUAAAGUUUAUUAGCGUCCGUCUGUUUCCGGCCAAUAUCAAUGAUCUGCCUUCUGAAGAAAAAUGUACCUGGUGGAUUCCUUCUGCCGUUAAAGUUCUGGCAUUACUAAGUAUGCUAUUAAAUGUUAACCUUUGUUUUCGUAUGUUAAAUAUAUUACUUUUGUUUCCAUUACAAGCAUUAAUAAUAAAAUAUUUCGAUAACCACAUUUUUUAAUAAUUUGUCAAUUCAACCAUUAAUUUAUUUCAAAGUCAAACGAGUAUCAGUUUCCAGAUGCUCUAGUGCCUCACAAGAAUUAUUUAAGUCUAGUUUGGAUUCAAAGUGAAUUUAAGUAUUACUCCUCUCUCUAAUGUAGUUUAUUUGACUUUGAUGUGAUUAUCAAAUCUACUAAAAAAUAAACUGUUAAACCAUUAUUAAAAAUAAACUGUAAACUAGCUGAAAUUUGUAGUUUCCUUUCCCUUUCCAAGUUGACCAAAGGGUUAUUAGAUAUUUGAGGUAACAACACUACUCGAGAUGUUCCAUCAAUAACAUUUAACGCGUUAGCCUAGGUAAAUGUAAAUGUCUCUGUCGUCACAUCGUUUAUAUAAUAAUAUAUUUUGUAAUGAUACUAAAUUUACAACUUGGAAAGUCACUGAAAAUGUCUUUGACCAAAUUUUUUAAACAAAAAUAAUGUGUGAUAGUUAUAACUGGAAAUUUUUCCUUCGAGUGUUUUUUAAGUUUCCUUUUCUCAGUUUUUCUCAGUUUCCUUUUGUUGCAGUAUAGGGAUAGGUGGUUUCAAAACCUUAAAUCCCCACUAGGGGGUGCAUGUAUUUAUAUGGAUGUCUUUGGCAGUGGCAUGCAGCUCAUUGUAAGGUUAAAAACUGAUGUUUAGUUUUUAAUAUCUCAGAUGCAUCCAACUGGUUGUUCACUCCGCCCCUUGUGAACCACACCUAUUUCUACAAUCAGUCCUUGGAUCACAUUGACCUUAUGAGUGAAUAUUAUUCAUGGCAAAAUCCUGGAGCUAAUCCUGGGUGAGUCAAUUCAAACCAAGAACUUUUUCAAGUGGCACCGUCAUCAAUUUGCUGACUCUGACUGCUGAUUGUCAUCUGGGUUGAUUGUACUGCUUGGCAUUAAUACAAUGUAAACUUGUACAACCUGUAAGAACACUGCCCUAAGACCAAGUGACUAACAUUAUUAGUAGCAGAACUCCACGCAUUUGCCAGCGGAGCCACAUAGUUAAGAAAAUUUGGCUAUCUUACAUCCAUCUGAAAAAUUUUGAUAGUCAUGUGACUGUAAGUCUGUCCAGCAUCUAAAGCUAGUGUGUACGUGUAACAGCCUGGAACCCAAUAUUGCACAUCCUUGUUGUGGGGAAUUGACACAUGCCAAAACACGGUGUCUGCUGACCAGCAUCAGGUGACUGGUCAUAGGCUGAGGUGUCAACUCAUUGCGGUUAUGUGUUUUAUUUUUAAGUUCUCCGCUGACAAGUUUUAGUUUUCAACUGAUCCUAGGCUUAACUCCAAGUGGAUUUCUUUUCAAUGGUUACAGGUUAUAUUGUUUGAAGUAAAUUACAAAUUUAUGAAUGGGAACUUCUCCUUUAGCCUUGGCUAAAUCUAUAUGCUACUCGGCUUUCACUUGACUCCAUGAACAUUCUUGGUUGACACACAAAAUGCAGCAGUUGAGUGGUUAACCCCUUCUGGACGGAUUGAUGAAAACUCUUAAUGUUCUCAAAGUUUUCUUGCCCCAGGGCAUCCUGCUGACUAACAUUGCUCUUGCCUGGGGGAAAGUGAGCAUGAUAAGUUACUUGCCCAGGAGCCUUUUUUUUAACCAUAUGCUACUGCCGCUCGAUGCUGCCGAAAGUGUUGGGUCCCUGUGACUUGAGAAAAGCUUUACCUAAAGGAGCUACUGGUUCAUUAUGUGGUUAUGUUACAAGUCAAAUUUUAUUUUAGGUUAAUUUUGAUAUAACCUAGGUUGAUUCUCAAUUGCCUUUGUCUCCUAGCCCUGGAAGACAAAGGAAAUUAAAAAUCAACCCAGGUUAAAGAAAUUUGACCUGAAAUCUAAUUUGACCUGUAAUGGAUAUAUUGUGAAAUAAAUCUCUACCCAGAGGACAGUGCAAUAAUUAUAUUACAUGUAUGAUUGCUUUCCAAAUCUCAUCCACUGGGCUAGGUGUAUUACUAUUGUGGUUCUUUUAAGUGUAAGAGAAUAAUGAUCUGCCUGGUAAUAUUUUUUUUCCUAUUAUUGACUUUUUAGGAAGUUCUCAUUCUGUCAGUACCCGUUCAUUCUGAGCCUAGCAGCAAAGCGUUUCAUCAUGCAAAAGGACUCUGAGUCACAAAUGAUUGUAAUGGCCAGGGUAGGUUGUACUGUUGUUAAAGUGUUUUCUCCAAGAUCUUUCUUUUUUGAACAGGACUCAAAAGAUUUUCUCUUUCUAUGUUAUGAAUUGAUAAUUUAGCCAUAAAAAAAAUUUAAUAGCAAAUAAACAUGUUUUGAUCAAUGCACUCUAUUGCAUCUGAUACAAUGUUAAAGAUUAAAGAAUAAAGAUGAAGAGGUUAUGUGUGGUAGAAUCUGGUUGUGCUUUUCCAAGCAAAAACUGCUAAAUGAGAAUGAUACGAGUGCCUCUCCUCUGCUGUACCCAGUUUAUCAGUUAGGUUUGGCACACAACCAGCAGCAUGGGCUUAAACUAUUCCCUAGUGGUGUUUAAAGGAGCUGACUGUGACAAAAUAUAUCAAAGUUCAAACAGUGGAAACCGCCACCAAACUUCGUGAAACAUAAAAAUAGCUGCUCAAACCAUCAAAAGAACUCACGAAUUACACAGCAAAUACAAAAGGCAGUGCGGAUGGACAAACUUGAAGAUGAUUUAAACGGAUUGCAAGAAAUUAUCAAGGUUUUUGAAAAUUUGUUAGCCUCAUCUUCGUUGUUUGUAUUGUUUGAUAAAAUGCUUGGGAGGCAUAUUUGUUUGGCAUGAAGCUGUGAUUUUUCAAGUUUCAUGGCCAAUAAGGACGCAUAACUGGCAUUAUAAACAAAAUGAAGUAGUCAGCCAUGACACAUGCCCUUUAAGGCAGCAAAUGACUCCUAUUUUUGUCCGUUUCCAAUCAUCAACAGAAAAGCCUUGUUGCAAAAGUUCAGCGGAGGGAAAUGCCUGACAUGGGAAUGCUUUUUCUCAACAUCAAAGUUCGCCGCUCAAAUUUAAUUUCUGAUUCUCUAAAUGAGGUAAGUGAUCAUUGAUUUCAAACAGCUAGAGCUAUUCUCACAGAAUUGGGGAUUUUGCAAGAGAAGAAGCAAGAUUACUAAUGUGAAAGGCUCUACCCAAAUACCUCCCCUGGCUCACUAAUUUAAUUUUUUUUUUGUGGGGGGGGCAUUUGCAUAGCAAAAGGGACAAGGCACGAACUAUACUGAAUACUCUCAAAACUUUUCAAGCAGGUACUGCUUUGUGACCUUUAUAUUCUAGUGUCUGAACAUGUGAAAGUUUUUUGUACUAGAAGAAAAUUGACGUUUUGCUUAGACCAAUUGAAUUAGAAUGCCAAAAAGGAAGACUAUUGAUACUACUGGCAGGUACCAUAGUGCUGUCGUGUGCUAUGAAGGGCUUGGUUAUUUGUCAGCUAGUAACUUAAGGAUGAAUGUUAUCCCAAUGCUUUACUUCUCAUAUUCACAUAAUUUCUACUGGUAAUUGUAAUACAGGUAGUUUACGAGAAUUAAAGGCUGUUGGAGAUAAAUGAUGAAUUAAGCAAAGCAUUCAUUGUUCAGUCUCUUCAAUUCCAUGGCAUGAAAUUAUUUUUCCUUGUACUUGGUUUCUAUGCAACUGUUUAUUUCCACUACAGUCACAAGCACUUGAAGUAGAAGAUUUCUGCUGUUAGUUAUACUCGAUGUCACUGUUAAAACUGCUUAUCGUUAUUUUUACCUCUCUUAGAUCUCUCGCAAGCAGAGAGACUUAAAAAAGAAACUCAAAGUGACAUUUGCUGGCGAACCAGGCCUAGACAUGGGAGGCCUGACAAAGGAAUGGUUCCUUCUGUUGGUUAGAAAAAUAUUUCGACCAGAAUAUGGUAAGUAUAUUGAUGAACCUACAGUUAAACUCCUCUAG